UAGUUGUGGGGCAAAACGAAACCAACGUUGUCAACGCAAUUACGAUUUAUAAAUUUUUUUUUAAAUAUUACAAACACUGUUUUUAAAAAUUUUGGAGUAUAGAAAAACUGAAUUAAUUAAAAUAUGUGAAAAUUAAUUAGAUAAAAUUUAGAUUUUUAACUGACAAUAAAUAACAACUGACAUCGUUUAUUUAUACAAACGACAAUGACAGUUUGAUGCAGUUACAAAGAUGAGUCAACAAGAGAUGUAAAGAUAAGAAAAUAAGUAGAACUAAACUAUUGAGAAAGUUUAUUAAUAGAAAAAAACCUGAUAAACAAUAUUUAUAAUGCCUAGAAAAACAGAAAAUUCCAAAAGAAACCAUACCGGAAAGUCUUUAUCACAAUAUGGACUGUUCGAUAUACCUACUGAUUUUGAUACUGGUUUAAACAAUGAAGAUGAUGAUGAUGAUGAAGACUUGGAAGCUGAACUUGCAGCAUUAGCCGGAGGUGGACCAGCUAAACAACCAAAAAGGCCUCCUAGAAAAAUAAUUCCUCAAAAAGAAUUGGAUUCAAUGAUUUCUAAUUCAUUAAAAGAUGAAGUUGAUGAAGAUGAUGAUGAAUCUAUAGAUGAAAAUGAUCCAGAUUUGCUUAGCGAAUUAAAUGCAAUUAGUGGUGGAGCUGAAGAAGAACCUGUAGAAGAUUCCCCUUCAUCUCAUGAAGAAGAACCAAGUGCCAGUAGCUCUGGAACCAUUGAUAUUCUUACAGGGAGGCUGAAGAAUUAUGAAAUUUGUGAAACCAAAGCAAAAGAAUCAGGGGAAACAAUGAAAGCAAAAAGAUACAGUAGAGCUAUAAAAACUUUAAAAGACCUUAUUAAACAGGCACAACUAGGAAAACCAAUAGAUUUAAAUGAUGAAAGCGUUCCUCCAGAUAUUUAUCCUCAUACUUCAACCCCUAGUCAUCCAAAACCAUCUACACCGCCUUCAGAAAUAUCUUCCCCUUCAGAACCACUUGAUCAAGAAUCUCCUGCAGAAACUCCUAGUUAUGAUCCUGGCACAUUAAAUGCCCUUUUAGAACGACAGAAAGAAUACAAAGUGGCUGCACUCAAAGCUAAACAUUCAGGAAAUGCUCAAAAAGCAGUUCUAUUAUUAAAACGAGCUAAACAGUUUGACGCUGUUAUUACAGCCCUUAAAAACGGCCAACCUAUAGAUUUAUCAAAUAUGCCUGGCCCGCCGGAUGAAACCAGUGUUCCAGAACCGCGAGUUCAAGAAAAUGAAGUUCAACAAAACAGCUCAAACUCAACAGAUGAUAAUACACCUGCUGUAGCUGUAGCGGAACCUUCACCUGCUGUUGCAGCUGUAGCCGAACCUACACCAAGUCUUAUAACAGCUACUACUGUUCUUGAAGCUCUACAACAAAGGUUGGCAAUUUAUCAACAGCAAGAAGCAAAAGCAAAAGAAGAAAAUAAUUCAAGUAAAGUUCGAAGAUAUGGGAGAAUUAUAAAACAGUUUGAGCAAGCAAUUAAAGCGAAUAAGGCUGGAAAAAGUUUUGCUUACGAAGAACUACCAACUCCUCCAGGUUUUGCACCGAUUCCUGGUUUACAACAGUCUGCACCGCAACCUGCUGCCGAUCCUUCACCUGCACAACCAAGUAGACCUGCUCCAGUUCCUAGUGCUAGUGGAGAAAACAGUAAAUCAAGUGCACCUAGUCCUAGCGGUAAAACCGGAGUGACAGUGCAUAAACAGACAGAAGCUGAUAAACAAAUGAAAAUUCUAAUAGCCAAACAAAAACAAUUCAAACUAGCUGCAUUAGAUGCGAAAAAGAGAGGCGAAAUAUCACAAGCUAAGGAAUUCUUGAGACAAGCAAAAGGAUUUGAUAAAUUGAUUGAGGCGUCGAUAGCAGGACUUCCUGUAGAUUGGUCAUCAAUCCCAGUAUCUCCAGAUGCUAAGUCACAGUUGGACAAUGAAUAUAAUAUUGCUAUAACGACAGAAAAUGAUGAAACAGUUGCAGUUGAAGAUAGUGAUCUUUUCGCCAGAUUAGAAAUUCAACUGCAAAAACAACUAAAAAUGUGCCUUACAACUAGAGAUCAUAACAAAGCAAUUGGCGACAUUGCAGGAAUGAAUAGAUUCGAAAGGUUUGGUUUGAAUGUAGCAAAGGAUUUAGAUGUGAUUAGAGCAGCGAAGAAAGAAGGCAGGAUUCCUAAAUUCCAUUAUGAAAGUAAAGAAUUUGCUAUUGUUAAAGUUUUCACAGACAUAAGCGAUAAUGAUAUCGAAAUCUGUAUACACAGAGGACUUAAUAUAUCCACAGAUAAAGAUGUAGAUACUUAUGUUAAGAUGGAAUUUCCAUAUCCACAGGAAACUCCUUUUAGUGAUAGAACAUCUACUAUUAAAAAUACGAAUAAUCCGGAAUAUGGGAAAACUUUUGUUAUACCAAUACAAAGGAAUUCAAGGCAAUGUCAGAGGGUUUUUAAAAGACACAGUAUAAAAUUCGAAGUAUAUUCCAAAGGAUGUAGCUGCUGUGGUUCUCCCGUAUCCUGUCCAGGCUGCUGUACGUUUUUAGGAGGAUUGCCGUGUUUUUUAGGGUUCUUCAGGAGCGACGUUCUAAUAGGAACUGUUAAUGUUAAAUUACAACAGUUGGAAACACAAUGUGAAAUUCAUGAUACGUUCGAUCUUUUGGAAGGUAGAAAAAAGGUAGGAGGUAAAUUGGAAAUCCAAGCGAGGUUGAGAACGCCGAUCCAAACUCAACAAGUCGAACAAAUUCAAGAAAAAUGGUUAGUCGUUGACGGUUGAACCAACACUGCCAUAAAAUGUAUUCGUUCAUUGUGGCAAUUACAGCUUUAUAAUAUUUAUCGUUUUGAGAUAUUUUUACAUCACAAUAAUGGAUAAAUCGAAAUAUUUUGUGACAAAAACUGUUCAAAUGGGUAUUCUGAUCUAGAAACUAACCUGAAAAAAAUUUUUACUGUCCAUUUUUUUAUACAGUCCAUCGUAAAUCUGGAAUCCUUGGAAAAGUAUUGGUUCCGGAUUUUAGAUUUUUCAUAUUUGAAUACAUUUAGGGUGGCGCCAUCUAUCGCGCUAACAGGAAAUCAUUUGCAACAUUACAUAAUAAUGUAAACAGAGGGAGAGGUAUGCAUAAAAUAUAAUAAAAUCGCGUUUAAUACUGCACAAAAAUACAUUUAUAAAAUAAUGAUAAUAAUAAUAAACAAAUCAAAUACAUAAACAAUUUCUUCAUGCUAUCGUUAUUUAUGGUGUCGCAAUCAAGUGUCAAAUACAGAAGCUAAAAACUACGUUACGAACGAAUCAGUCCGGAUUUUAGAUAUUCCGCGUUUUAGAAGUCCGGAUUUACGAUGUUCAACUGUAUAAAAAUCAGAAUUUUAAUAAAUUACAUACCGGUAAAUUGGGUGGCUAAAAAAAACGAUGCACUCUGAUUGAUAUGAUUCCACCCUUUGUAGUGGUCUAGAAUAAAAAAAAAAAUUGAAAAAUACUUAAUCUGUAAAGAUGUCGCUAUCGCAUUGACCUUAGCAAAAAGUAUCACAAAACGGCUUCGACAUGAAAUAUCAAUUUUUUGACCUUUUGGAAUUUUUUAAAAAUUCUCCAAAUUGAGGCAGACGCAUAAGAAUUUCCACCAAAGGAAAUCGGUCGAGUAGAACUUGAGAUAUCAUGUCAACCAUUUCAAAAAAAGUAGUUUUGAGGAAAACUGCUUAGACGCUAGGUCACAAAAUCUACUGCAUAUCCGAAGAUAAUGCGAAUUUUUAAAAAUCCAUUUUAGGACAUAUUCUUUAGGUCUUGUUUUUUUAAUAUAUUUGAAGGAAUUUUCAAAUUCAAAGUCACGUUCUUCAUAAUUUCCAUUUAACCUAAAUGUUCUUUUAACUUGAACAUUAAGGUAAAGUCAAAAAUGUUGCACUUUAGCACAUUAUAAAGUCUCCUUUAGCGGCAAACUUCAAAUGCAUGUUUGAAUUCUAAGCUGACCCAGGCGUUUUUCUAAUAAGUUUUAGAAAAUAAAAGGUUGAUGACACAAUGACUAGAUAUCGUGCUACUUCCAGCUCAUGCGAAUACAAUGUAUCGACAAAUAUAAAAAGGUACAAACUGCAUCCAAUGCUUGGCUUCGGUUCGAACAUAGUAGCUCUUUAGCCAGAUUCCGAUAAAUAUUCAAUAACAGUGCUUUGAGAAGGGAGUUUGAAGAAAGGCACUUUGGAAGACAUCUUUUAGCGGAUGACGAUGGAUAUCGCAUUCAGAGAUACCUCUAGACAAAAUUGGAAAACGUGAAUACAAACACCGAAAAUUUAUAUAAUAAUUUUAUUAUGAGAACAAGGGACGUGGACUUAAAAAUAAACAUUGGAUAGGAUAAUGGAAAUUAAAAAUGGAAUUUAAUAACUUAAAUAAGUCAAAAGAAAUGUUAGCGACAAAAUAACACUCACUUCUACGUUUCAUUUUGUUUUAUUUUUCUAACGAAACAUAUUGGAAAAGGUUAGAGUAUUGUCAACCUCCGUUUAACCUUUAAUUGAAAGACCGUUACCGUUACAAAUCGAUUAUGGGACUACUUUAACAACUAAAUUAAAGGGCUCUUCAAUUUAAAAGAACAUUUAGUUGAAGUACUAGUUAGGGUGGGAUUAUGAAACCAGUAGUUAUGAAUAUUUAUUAUUAUGUGCUUCAAUGAACGUUAGCUAUGCUUUAACCCAUUUUUUUUGCCACCCAUCAGGCAAAAGUUAUGUAAUUAGUGUUAGAAAAUAUAGCAUUUUAUCACAAUUGUUAAUUAUAUUAUUAUUCGUAAAUAAAGUAUGGAAAUAUUAAUUUAGUGUUUUAUU